CUUCGUGAAGCGAGCACACCUCACCGACACCAUGGCAGGCCCCUCUCAUCACCCUGUCCACGUCCACCCGGCGCGACCUCUCUACCGCUUCAUUGCCACGGGCCUGGGCGCCAGCAUGUGGUUCUUCCUCAUGUACCGUGCCAAGAAGGAUGGCCCGGCCCUGCUGGGCUGGAAACACCCGUGGGAUCACUAGGCGGUGGUGGUCUCGAAGCCCCU